UGUUUUGCAAAACAAUAAUAUCCUCUCUAAUAGUUUCAAAAAACACAUAAAGUAAAAGAGAAAUUGAUCAUUUUUGCUAAAACUUUUUUCUACUUUUAUUUUCUGUUUGAAAUUCCUUCCAAUUCUAUUUGGAAGAGAAUUUCAAUCAAAUCAUCUAUCCUAACCCUAAUUUUCUGUUUCUUUCCAUUUAUACAAAGUUUGAAUCUUUUUCAGAGUUUCAAACAAUCCCAGUUUUAUUUUUUUUAGUACUUUUUUCCUUUUAAGGGUAAUCUCAAAAGAUAUAAAAAAAGAAAUAAAUUUGGUUUCUUUUCUUGUUUUUUUUUUUUUAAUUUUAAAUUAAGGGUAACUUCAAGAAGAUAUAAAUAAAGGAUCUUGGUAUUUCUUUUGUGGGGUUUUUGUACUUUUAAGGGUAAUCUCAAAAAUAUAUAAAAAGGAACUAAUUUGGUUUCUUUUUUCGGGUUUUUAAGUUAAGGGUAAUUUCAAGAAGAUAUAAAAAGAAACAAUUUUUUUUUUUUUUUUUUUUAAACUAAGGGUAAUUUCAAGAAGAUAUAAAUAAAGGAUCUUGGUGUUCUUUUUGUACUUUUAAGGCUAGUUUUAAGGAGAAACAGAUAUGAUGGGUAGUGAGAAUAAUUAUGUGUCAGAUGAAGUGUUGGGAACAUUUUUACCAAUAGUUGUAUAUUGGGUAUAUUCAGGAUUGUAUACAAUGCUUGGGGGUAUGGAUAAUUAUAGGUUACAUUCAAAGAAAGAUGAGGAUGAAAAGAAUUUAGUGUCAAAAAAAGAGGUGGUUAAAGGUGUUCUUCUUCAACAGGUUGUUCAGGCUGUUGUUGCCACGCUUUUAUUCGCGGUCACAGGAAAUGAUGGUGAAUCUGAUGGGGAUCAACAUGCUUCCAUCUUUGUUCUUGGAAGGCAGUUCUUUGUUGCCAUGGUGAUGUUAGAUACUUGGCAAUAUUUUAUGCAUCGGUACAUGCACCAAAACAAGUUCUUGUACAAGCAUAUCCAUGCUCAACAUCACCGGCUUAUUGUUCCGUAUGCAUUUGGAGCUUUGUACAACCACCCUUUAGAGGGCCUGAUUCUCGACACAGUCGGUGGGGCUUUAGCUUUCCUUGUAUCGGGCAUGUCACCACGUACCUCCAUCUUCUUUUUCUCAUUUGCUACGAUCAAGACGGUUGAUGAUCAUUGCGGACUAUGGUUGCCCGGAAACCUCUUCCAUAUCUUCUUUAAAAACAACUCGGCUUACCAUGAUAUUCAUCACCAGCUUUACGGGACCAAGUUCAACUAUUCACAGCCCUUCUUUGUGACAUGGGAUAGGAUAUUUGGGACGUACAUGCCAUAUGAACUUGAGAAGAGACAAGAAGGAGGUUUUGAAGCUAAGCCUGUUAAAGAUUGCAAGGAGCAUUGACAAUACUGUUAGUACAUGUUUGUCAUAGAGUAUGUACCACUGCAAUUUUUGCCUUCUUCAAAUGCUUAGUUACUUAUUUAUUUUGUAUAUAGUUAAAGGUUUCUGCAUAUAUUGUUGUAUAACUGGUGUUGAUUUCGAGGUUGGAAAAGGAAUAGGAGUAAUAGUUUCCUUUUUAAACAUUGUCUCAGAUCUGAUUUCUGGUAUAUCAAACUGCAGGCAGAGAUAAAAUUUCCUAAAAUA